AUGGGGAACGUUUCGUCGAUGGCUCGGGCCUCGACGGCGCUGGACUCAUACGUCGCCGAGCUUGGCCAUGAGAUAUCGUAUGAUAAAGGGCUAUCCUCAUCCCGGUUCAUGAAGACCAUUCUUGCCCGACAUGCGGACGGCCCAGUCGUGCUCAAGAUCUUCAUCAAGCCUGACCCUUCGAUGUCAUUGAGACUACAUCAAAGAAGGCUGAAACAUGAGCGAGAAGCCUUGGCGGAUCUGUCCGGGGCGAAUACGUAUCAGAUGUUCGUGGAGACGGAGAAGGCGGGGUACCUGAUCAGACAAUGGAUAGGAUCGAAUCUGUAUGAUCGUGUCAGUAUCCAGCCUUACCUAGCGAGCAUUGAGAAGAAGUGGAUCGCUUUCCAGCUCCUGACUUGCCUGAGGGACGCCCGGAAUCGGAAGGUAUCGCAUGGUGAUGUCAAGUCCGAAAACGUCCUCAUCACCUCGGACCUCACUGUCCUUCUCACCGACUUCUCAUACACCUUCAAACCAACCUACCUGCCAAUUGACGACCCCUCGGACUUCUCCUUCUUCUUCGACACGUCCGGCCGGCGAACAUGCUACCUCGCUCCAGAGCGUUUCGAGGCGAAGGACGAGCGCGAACGGCGGCAGAACGUGCUUGACGCAGAAGGGAGGGUUAUGCUGGACGAUGAUACGUUGGCGAACUAUCGGUCGACAUUGACGGAGGAGAUGGACGUGUUUUCGGCGGGAUGCGUCCUGGCGGAAAUGUGGACGGACGGCCGAACAGUGUUCAACCUCAGCGAGCUUUUUGCGUACAGAGACGGAGCAUUGGGGCUGGAGGGUAUCCUAGACAAUAUUGAGGACCGGCAUGUUCGCCAAAUGAUCACCCAGAUGCUAUCCCGACAUCCAGCAGAGAGACCGAAGUUCGACCUCAUCCUCGCUCAGUACCGGGGGACGAUCUUCCCCGAGUACUUUUACACCUUUCUGGAGGACUACAUGAUCUCCCUCGCCGAGCCUCCCGCGAAAAAGACCGAGAAGGGAACCUUUUCUCAGGUGUCUGCCGCGAGCUCGGGGACCAAGAUGGACCGGAUGCUGUCCGAAUGGGACUCGAUCUCUGUGCAGCUGGAGGGGACGGCGGGACAGGACGAUGGGCCUGCAUUGCUACUGCUCAACAUCGUCACCUCGUCUAUCCGAAAUUGCACCUGGCCGAGCUCUAAACUCCACGCAUUACAGCUAUUCCUCCGACUCAACGCGUAUAUCUCGGACGAAGACAAGAUUGACCGGAUCAUUCCGUUCACGGUCGAUCUGCUCUCUGAUCUGGUUCCCAUUGUCCGCGCGGAAGCUUGUCGGACGCUCGUCCUUGUCGUCGAGUCGGUAUCGUCGGUCACGCCUAUCAAUGCAGCUUAUAUCCCGGAAUACCUUCUUCCUCAACUACGCCAACUCGCCGCAGAUGAGGACGUCUUUGUUCGAGCUACCUACGCAAGAGGUCUCGUCCGGCUAGCUGAUGCGGCGCUGAGUAUGCUCGAGUACAGUCAGGCAGCCAAAGCGCCAAUGUCGGAGCUGGAGUCUUCCGGCGUCGUUGAGCCCGACUACGACGCAAUGCUCUUAGAAAUUCAGUCUGCGGUGGAGGAACAGGCCACCCUCCUACUCACCGACCCCUCUGUCCAAGUCAAACGUGCCACUCUAUCCAGCAUCGCCGACCUCUGCCUCUUCUUCGGCCGGCAAAAGUCGAACGAGACCGUCCUCAGCCACCUCGUCACCUACUUGAACGACCGGGACUGGACGCUCCGGCUCGCCUUUUUCGAGGGCAUCGUCGGUGUCGGCGCGUUCAUCGGGCUCAAGGCGGUCGAGGAGUAUAUCCUCCCUCUCAUGCAGCAGGCGUUAUCGGAUCCGGAGGAGGCGGUAGUGGCCCGUGUGUUGACCUCGUUGACGAGUCUGGCGUCUUUGGGGCUCUUGGCGAGGAUGCGAAUAUGGGAUAUCUUUCAGGCGGUCAGGGGGUUGCUGUGUCAUCCGGACACCUGGAUUCGGCAGGGCGCCGUCGGUCUGGUAGCUGCUGCAGCGAAGAAUCUACCGCCCUCAGACGUCUGGUGUAUCCUCUACCCGGCUCUUCGCACCAUGCUGCGCUCAGAUAUCCUGGUCGUUGACGAGCCAUCGAUGCUAUCUUCGCUUCUGUCACCUCUGUCCAGAGCCAAGUUCAUCGCUGCCCGCGCCGCCGCACUGGAGGACAGUCCACCGGGAUUUUGGCGCCCCACGCAGCAGAAGGGCAGUGUCAAAGCGGCCAUGAGCAAGUCUGCCCUUAGUGGGAAGGUCUCGGACAGCAGUGCUGCUUUGCAAGACAAGAAUUUGUCUUCAUCGGACGAGAAGAUCAUCACCGCUAUGAAGGACUUCAUCUUCAAGCAGGCGCACUCCAUUCGAGCCCGAGAGUCAUUUGACCCAGCUACUCAGUCCGAGAAUGCGCUCGUCAGCGAUAAGGCGGUCUCUCUGGAGAAGCUGGGCGUAACUGCACAAACGGUCUUCAUCAGUCCAAGAACGGUCGAGAUCGAUGCCAAGGCGGAUCUGCGCCGGUUGCGCCCUCUCCUCGCCUCGGAUCGCGGUACACCCAGUCGGAAGAGCUCGUUCGCCAGUAAAAGCCACCGGGGUCCGACCGACAAUCCGCUUGAUGAGAUCAGGCAGCGCCUCGCAGACUUUCCACAUGCACUGCCUAUCGACCGGAUGUCGCCUCUUCCAGCUCCCAUAUCAACCGCACCGGACCUACCCGGUAGUCCGUCCGAAUCGGUCAUCUCGGACCUUCCUGGAACGCGGUCUGGGAAGCGGCGACUGGAAGGCAAAGCCGCUCCAGCGGUUGCGGCGAGCCAUGCCAACGCCAUCGGCACUACCUCGGUCCAUGAAGAUCUCUUCUCUGGCCGGACAACGCCGACUGCUAACGGCGCGAAUACGCCUCGAGCCGGGCCAUCCACCGCCCAGCCGCACUAUGGAACCUCUUACGACGGCCACGACCCCUCCGUCCGCGCUUUUCUCGAGCAGGUUGAUCUCGAAAACUACCGCGAGCCCCUGCUCGACUUUGGUCCCCGCAUCAGUGCCGCGCAAAAGAAGCGGUCGGUCCGGACCAAGAGCGCUCCGGGACAAGGCGUCACCCUCAUCGCCCACCUCACUCAGCACGUCGCGCCCAUCACAGCCAUCGUCAGCUCGCCAGAUCACGUCUUCUUUGCUACGGCAUCGGAGGACAAGACGGUCAUGAUCUGGGACACCGGGCGGCUAGAGCGGAGCGUUGCGACCAAAGCACGGCUGGUGUACGCUAUGGACGCGCCGGUGUCGGCUCUGUGUAGGAUCGAGAAUACGCAUUGUCUGGCGGUGGCGGCGGAGGAUGGGCAGAUACAUGUCUUGAGGGUGCAUGUGGCCGGGGCCGGGACGGGGUCGGCAAAGUAUACCAAGAUUGAAGGGAUCAGGAGUUGGAGCGCGGAGGAAAAGGACGGAUAUGUGACGGGGAUAUCACAUCUUCAGGACUCCACUCUCCUCAUCAUCACUUCUACCUCCGUCAUCGCCCUCCUCGAUAUACGCGGGAUGACCAUUACCCAGCGCUUUCAGCAUCCGCUCGAGAUGGGCGCCAUUACCGCCUUUUGCCAAUCGCAACACUGGCUCAUCGCCGGCUCAGAACUCGGCAUCCUCGGUCUAUGGGAUCUGCGCUUUGGCCUCCUCCUCAAAUCGUGGCGAGCAGGCGGGGCCAUCACCUCUUGCCAGCUACACCCAUCGCGAGGAAGGGGGAGAUGGGUCAUGUGCGGAGUUGAGCGGGAUGAGGCGGAAACGCCGCUGGUCGAGGUGUACGACAUUGAGACGUCGAAGCUGGUCGAGGUGUACGACAACCGCUCGGAGCGAAUCGGCAGCAAGGAAUCGCCCUAUACGGCUGGAGAGGAAGCCGGGCGAGAUAUACCGUCAAGGCGGGAGCUCGUCGCGGAGCUUGCCGCCCGUCAGGCUUCUGCGGGGGUGGUAUACCCUCAGAAACCCGCUACCGUCCUCUCCGUCCUCGUCGGCCAUCGCUUCGCCUCGCUCACGGCGCCUGAGGACGAUGGCGGUCUCCUGCUUCCCUCCCAAGACAAAUCAACCUCGGCGCCGCCUGGAUACCUCAUUACGGCGGGUGAAGAUCGGGUCGUUCGCUACUUUGAUCUCCCACGCCCUUCGAACGGCAUGAUUAUCUGCGGCUCGCCAAAGCAGAAGGACGUCCUCUUCCGGUCCACUACCCUCGGUGGGACGUCGGUGACGUAUACGGUGCCAAGGGCGAAACUGGAGGCUGUUCGGGAGACGUUGGGAGGAAGGCAACCCCUCAGACCGCAUUACGAUGCGAUCUGCGCGUUGGGCACGGUCGAGACGGGCGUGUCGAGCUGUGUGAUCAGUGGGGACAGGAGCGGGGUGGUCAAGGUGUGGCGGGUCGAGGGCGCGGGGAAGUGA